AGGGACCUGGAAAAAUUGACAGCAUCAAUGAAUGGGUUGACAGUCAAUCUUGGCUCCAGAUGACUUGCAAUUUAGUUCAGAAAGAUGUCAUCUGUUACUGAAAAUGGAGAUGCCCCUGCUGGAAAACAAAAUGAGGAGAAAACAUAUAAAAAGACCGCAUCUUCUGCUAUUAAAGGAACUAUUCAGCUGGGAAUAGGAUACACAGUAGGUAACCUCACCUCGAAGCCAGACAGAGAUGUACUUAUGCAAGACUUCUAUGUAGUGGAAAGUGUAUUUCUACCCAGUGAAGGCAGCAAUUUGACCCCUGCUCAUCAUUACCCCGACUUCAGAUUUAAGACCUAUGCCCCUCUAGCUUUCCGUUACUUCAGAGAACUUUUUGGUAUCAAGCCUGAUGAUUACUUGUAUUCAAUCUGCAGUGAGCCUUUAAUAGAAUUAUCCAACCCUGGUGCCAGCGGGUCUUUAUUUUUUGUAACCAGUGAUGAUGAGUUCAUCAUCAAAACAGUUCAACACAAAGAGGCUGAGUUUCUUCAGAAGCUGUUACCAGGUUACUACAUGAAUUUGAACCAGAAUCCAAGGACUCUGUUACCAAAAUUUUAUGGACUAUACUGUGUUCAGUCGGGGGGCAUUAACAUCAGAAUCGUUGUGAUGAACAAUGUUUUGCCUCGGGCAAUGAAAAUGCAUUUCACAUAUGACUUGAAAGGCUCUACUUAUAAACGGAGAGCAUCAAGAAAAGAAAGAGAGAAGUCCAACCCCACAUUUAAAGACUUGGAUUUCUUGCAAGAGAUGCAUGAAGGACUGUAUUUUGACUCAGAAACAUACAGCGCACUGAUGAAAACACUACAGAGGGAUUGCCGAGUGCUGGAAAGCUUUAAAAUUAUGGAUUAUAGUCUGCUGCUGGGGAUCAAUGUAUUGGACAGUAUCACAAAAGAGAAGGAUGGGGAGAGUUCCCAGAAUGCAUCUGAUGCCAAACGUCAUGGAGGACAGAAAGUUCUCUAUUCUACAGCCAUGGAAUCCAUACAGGGUCCUGGAAAGUCUGGGGAAUCUGUCAUCACAGAAGCUACAAAUACAAUGGGAGGCAUUCCAGCUAAAAGCCAUAAAGGAGAGAAGCUGCUUCUAUUUAUGGGUAUUAUUGAUAUCCUACAGUCUUACAGGUUAAUGAAGAAGCUAGAACAUUCCUGGAAAGCACUUGUUUAUGAUGGGGACACUGUUUCAGUCCACAGACCAAGUUUUUAUGCAGACAGGUUUUUAAAGUUCAUGAGUUCGAGGGUUUUCAAAAAAGUUCAAGCUCUAAAGUCCUCUCCUUCCAAGAGACGAUGCAGUUCCAUUGCAGCUCUAAAGGCAACAUCACAAGAAAUUGUGUCUGCUGUUAGCCAAGAAUGGAAGGAUGAAAAGCAUGACGUGCUUACUGAAGGACAAAGCUUUUCCAGCCUUGAUGAAGAAGUAUUAGGCUCACGGCACCGUCCAGAUUUAGUGCCAAGCACUCCAUCUCUAUUUGAAGCAGCUUCUUUAGCAACCACUAUUUCUUCUUCUUCUUUGUAUGUAGAUGAACAAUAUCAACAUGAUGGAACUCUGCUUUAUUCCAGCAGUAAAGGGUUACCUUCGAGUUCAACGUUCACCCUAGAAGACAGUGCCAUCUACUUGACUUCAGAACAGAGCACACUGGAAAUGGAAAAUGAUAAUGCUUCAGUUUUGGAUGUCUAUUUAUAAUAGGGAAUAAAAGAAAAUCAAAGUAAAAGUGGAUAAGAAGUGACCGUGGUUGAUGAAGAGCACUUUCUGCACUCCUGAUUUAAAGAGAAGAAUUUGCUGAGCCUAAUAGACAAAGAAUAAUAAUCAAUGGAACUUAUCUCUGAGAAAUGUCAUGGGAACCUUGAACAGUGGAAAUGAUAGCUAGACUCGACAGAUGUGACAUGAAACAUUCCUUACUUUGCUAUCAUGUGCUGUUGCUUGCUAAACUGUGAAGAAUUGCAUAAACUGUAUUUAAGAUGCUUUCUAUACUAGUGCCAAUCACCUUUUUUGGACUUGAAAGUGAUAUUUUCCUAUUGACUCUCAUGAUUUCAUUUGCAUGUAUUCAGUGAUUGUGUACAAGCAAAAUAUGUAAUCUGCUUUACCUAUUUAAAGAUCCAUCAUCAAUACAGUGGUAAAUAAAAUUAAUUUACUUUUUUCUCCCCUGGAAUCAUAAUUACUUAGGUCCAUAUUGUUGGAAGUCCAAAUUUGAUUUCAAACAAGGAUUAAUGUAAAUGUCUGCACUUACUUUAUGGACAAUAGCCUCUAAAGAUAUUUUCACUGUUUGUUAGUGAAAUGAGAAGAAAAGCUAUUUAUAACAAGGCCUUAUGUUGUGUACAUACAUUCUUUGAAAGGUGUGAUUUAGUUUGUUGCUUGUAAAAGAGAAAUAUAAUUUAUUUAGUAAAUACUACUGUAAACUAUAGUUUUAUUGACAGAAAUAAAAUAUUUUGUUCUCAAAACCUAUGGUGCAUCAUCUCAAGCUGUUUCUGGUCUAUACACUUCCUGUUCUUGUCCUUCUGACCCUUUCUAAGAGAAUCAUUAUUUAUACACUGUGCCAAACAGUAUAUAACAGGUAAUCUGUCCCGUAUCGCCUCACAUAGAAAAGAGGGUGGAAAACACAUUUUACUAGAAGGAAAAAGGCAAAGGAACAGAUGCAACAUGUAUGGUUUGAUAACUUUCAGAUCUCUAACCACGUGCAACAAUUGCUAGGCAAAAAAUGGUAGAAGCAUUCUGGUUCCACAUAGGAGCAGAGAUUAGUCAUAGCAGGGUAAAGUCUGCUAAGCAUCAUUCUAAGAAUACAGACCUUGAUGUGGGAGCAUAUUUAGGAACUUCACAAAUCCCUCUUUAAGGUGUAUGGAAACUAUUGGGGAUGAUUAUCUCUCUCCCAAAAAUCACAUUCCUUGCAGAGUGGAUAAAGCAUAAGACACUGGAGCUGGGACUUCUGUAGAACCUGCAAUGUGAGGAUUUUUGCCAACAUUAACAAAUUAAACCUCUCUACCUUUGUGAAGUAGGUGACUAUUAUCCCCAUUUUACAGAUGGGAUGGACAAAUCCAGGUCAUACAAUUUGUUCAAGUACAUAGAAGAUCAGUGGCAGGGCCAGGACUAGAACCUCAUCUCCUAAUUCCUAGUUCUGUGCUUUAUUCACUCUCAGGAAGAUGACAGUUCCCAGUGGCACCUGGAUCUUAAGCAACAGAGAGAUCUAUGCCCUGUGACCAAAACUGCUGCAUAUAAUGUGUACAUGUGGGAUAACUGCCUCUUGCUUACUGCAUAAUCUAUAACAAAUAUAGAAUGUGUCUAUUUACAAAAUAAAUUUCACUGAAAUUUUUUGUUUCAUAAAAAAACAAAAUUCAUAGUUUUUGGCAUCAGAGAGACUUUUUUCAAAACAGAUGCUUAAUUUUUCUUGGUAGAUUCAUGUCAGUUUUCCAGUUACCUCUAGGACUACAGAAUGCCCAAAUCACUUAUCCUUAGCAAGACCCCAGAAAAAAGAAAUGUAUUGAAAAGUGACCUGUCUAUGCAAGGAUGCAUUUUUAUAUUGUGUAAUUCUCAAAUAACAUGCUUUCUUGUGUGUAGCCGCUUAA